CACAAAUAUUGUUUCUGCUUAUUUGACUUCUGCAUUUUUUCCUCCUCUUGUUCACCUAAUGCUGUUCAUUUAGUGCCUGUAAUGCGAUUGCAGAAAGAAGCUUAAGGACUGAGGAGUUGCAGAUCGAUUAAUCAGCACCGCUAGCUUUCUGAUUCAGAAACAAGGUUUCUGUAGGAAGAACAAGGGGAAUCACAUACAGGAUUGUCAAUGGGAACCAGGACACAAUAUUUCAAUCUUUCGGGACCAGUACACAUGACUUCAACCGACUGGAAUAACACACAACAUCGAACAUCUGUUGCUGCAAGCCUAGUCCAAGGUGUCUACAUUCAGGAACGAGAUCGUCAGCACCAUCGCCAUGGCCUCCAAGCAUUAGCACCUCCAUGGUGGGAUUUUUUUCAUUUCCAUCUAUGUCAAGUGCUCGUAGAUGAUUCAGAUUUUUCAAUAUUCGGAGCCAUCUAUGAGUUUAAAUAUCCCAUAAACACAUUUUCCAAAUUGCACCCUCCGCGGUAUGUUAUUGCAUUUCGAGGCACACUGACCGAACCAGACACAAGAUCACAAGAUUUAAAGCUGGAUUUCCAAUUCGUAUUCGUCCAGAAAAAACUUCAGGACAGUUCCCGAGUUAAAAAGGCCUUAAAUGUUGUUCAAGAACUAGUACAUAAUGCUGGUGCCGAAAACGUAUGGCUGGCAGGUCAUUCUCUGGGUGCAGCUAUUGGUCUAGUCGUGGGGCGGAAAAUGGUAAGGAUGGGCUUCUACCUGGAAUCAUACCUUUUUAAUUCACCAUUCAGUGCAGCACCACUAGAGCACAUCAAAAACGAGAAACUGAAACACGGGGCUCGAAUUGUUGGGAGUGUGAUCAAGGCUGGACUGUCAGUUGGCCUAACAGGUCAUCGACAGAGGCCUCAAGAGGAAGACGACGCGUUCACUGUGUUAUCAGGUUGGACUCCGUACCUAUUUGUGAACCGAGAUGAUCCAAUAUGUUCGGAGUAUAUUGGCUACUUCGAGCACAGGGAGAAAAUGGAGAGUAUUGGUGCAGCUGGAAUUGGAAAAUUAGCAACCCAAAAUUCAGUGGGGAGUAUAGUCACAUGUGCAUUGGGGUGUAGUACAGAAGCAUUUCAUCUGCUUCCAACAGCUUGUCUGGUGAUCAACAUGAGUGAGAGCCAGAGCAUUACGCAAGCCCAUGGAGUGGAGCAGUGGUGGACGCAGAGUUUUAAUUGGCAGUCCAAGAUACACAAGUACUGCUAGACUCUGAUUAUAUGCCUUAAUAGGCUCAUAUGGUUCAUGGUAACAAUGUUGUUGUAUUUGUACAUGUUCUCCAACAAUAAAUUAUUUUUACUCUCAAAUUAAAGUAAAAUACAUGUCAUUUUCUCA